AAGCGUGCAGUAAUAGUUUUGGUGGAAGAAGGCACGACGAGGGGAAGUGAAUAAAGUAAAUUCUCCCCUUGGAAACGCAAAAUAAUUAUUUUAAACUAAAGAUAGUGUAAUUAAAAACAGUUGCUACGGAGAGGAUCAUUUCUUCAAUUAACACAUGAGAUGCUGAGUUGAACUAAAAUUUGUGAGAGGUAUUUAUUUGAAGCACUGUCGUCGGGCAAGUUUGUGGUCCUGUUUGUUUCUGUUUUGUUGAUACAGUGUCCUGAGUUUGUGUACCCAGGCGGGUGUGUAUACUGGUGGUAGUUGCCGGUAUUUUUUCCCUUGGUUAAUGACACCCUUCAAUGUAUGUUCAAUGAUGAAUAGGCCAGAUCAGUCAAAGGAUGCUACGACCAUGGUGAAGAACAUAAGGGCAGCAGUCCUCCUUGGCAACCUCAAGUCUCUGCCAAAAGUUCCUUCAAAGAUUGUUAGAAUUUUUGUGAGUUCUACAUUUGGAGAUACGGUGGCUGAGAGGAACAUACUCCUGGAGAAGGCAUACCCAGAGCUUAAGAAAUGGUGUCAAGAGAAAGGCCUAGAUUUUCAGGUUGUUGACAUGAGAUGGGGGGUCAGGGAUGAGGUCAAUGAUGAUCACAUGACUUUGAAUAUCUGCUUGCGUGAGAUUGAGAACUGUCAAGUCCUGUCAGUUGGACCAAACGUCCUUUUUCUUCUUGGUCAGCGAUAUGGCUGGAGACCAAACCCUGCUACCAUUGAUGCUGUUGAGUUUGAAACUAUUCUGAAAUUCGCAGAAGAGGAUGAAAAUGCUACGUCCCUGCUUGUGAAUUGGUACCAACGAGAUGAAAACAGUGACCCACCAGUGUUUGUUCUCCAACCAGUAACUCAGGACAGAAAAGAUGAAUGGAUUCGAAAUUCAAGUUCCUUGAGUCGAGCAUUAAGAAAGGCUGUAGAGGGUGCAGUUGAAGCUAAUGAAAUUAACCAAGAUAGGGGAAAAUACUAUUCAAUGUCAGUAACUGAGCACGAGAUCAAGUUUGCUUUAGAGACAGAGACACCUGAUAACCACUGUGUUGCAUUUAUUAGAACACUUCAACAUCUUGAAGAGAAUCUUGCCAAUCCAAAAGCUCAUAGCUACACCGAUUUCAUCAGUUAUACUAGCACUGAAAUUGACAAAGAAGCAAGGGAUCGUCUGACAACAUUUAAAGAGAAGUUUAUUCCAUCCAAACUUGGUGAAGAAAAUAUACACAAAUAUUGCAUUGAUUGGACAAGUGAAGGUGUUGACAUCUCAGAUGAAGACCACUACAAGUAUCUAAUCACCUUCUGCACAACAUUUGUAAAGGAUGUUAAAAGAUUGGUGAAGAAAGGACUCAGUGAGUCUCAACUCUUAGAACUCUGUCAGGACUCCCUCUUCAUGGAGGUUUUACAUCAUAGUAAAUUUUGUCUUCUGAAGUGCCAGAACUUUUGUGGAAGAAAGGAACUUCUGCACAGCAUUGAAAAGUAUCUAUCUAAUCCGGAGAAGACUAAACCCUUGGUGAUACAUGGACCAUCUGGUGUUGGCAAAACAUCAGUGAUGGCAAUGGUAGCCCUAGAGCAACAGAACAAGAGAGACUGCCAGACAGUUUUAAGAUUUCUUGGAACAUCAUCACAUACAUCAACUAUAUUUCAAGUGAUGUUGACAAUAUUUAGCCAGAUUUGUGAGACCUACAAGUUGACCAUUCCAGCAGAUGUCAAAUUGAAGAGGUUUGCUGAUUUGGUGAAGUAUUUUCCAGUUCUCCUUCAACAAGUUUCAGAUGUUGCAAAAGACAAACCCUUGAUCAUAUUGUUAGAUUCAAUUGACCAACUGCAGUCUGCUUAUGAUGCAUAUGAAGUAAAAUGGCUGCCAAAACAAUGUCCACCAAAUGUUAAAAUUGUUCUCUCAACUUUGCCUGAUGCAUCACAUAUUCUGGAUGAAAUGAAAGAGUACUUAGGAGACAGUGAAUGCUUCAUGGCAGUCGAAGCAUUGUCAGAAGACACAGGAGAAGCAAUUUUAAAUUCCUGGAUGGCUAGUAUCAACAGAAAAGUCACAGCAGAACAGUUUACAGUCAUUAGAGAAGCAUUCCAGGAAUGUCCUCAGCCAAUAUUUCUGAAGUUAGUCUUUGAGGAAGCAAGACGUUGGAAAUCUUACACAUCUGUGAGUGAGAAUGAUUUGGCAUACACUGUACGGGAGGCCAUUUGGCAGCUGUUUGACAGACUCGAGCGACAGUUUGGUAGGACAGUUGUCUCACACGCUCUGGGCUACAUCAGUGCAUCUAGAAAUGGCGUGACGGAAGGAGAAUUAGAGGAUCUGUUAUCAAUUGAUGACGAGGUGUUAGAUGAGAUCUACCAGUACUGGUCACCACCUAAUCCCAACGUGGUCAGAUUACCACCUCUGCUGUGGGCUCGGCUUCACAGCGAGAUCCGUGAGUACAUGGUGGACAGGGAAGCAGAUGGCAGAACAGUGAUGGCAUUGUACCAUAGGCAAUUCAUUGAGGCCUCUAGAGACAAGUACCUCAAGGAUGACAAGGAAAGACAAGCUCGACACCAGCUGAUGGUGGACUUCUUCCUGGGCACAUGGAGUGGUAAUCAGAAGAAGACACUGAUACUGAACCAGCUUAAACGUACUUUAGAAGCAGACAGAAAAGUUUCGCCUCAACCAAUCAUGUUUAAGGAUGUAUUUAACUACAGGAAGCUAAAUGAACUUCCGUACCAUCUACUGCAUGCCGAGAACGAGGACCAGAUGAUCAAGCAUGUUCUUGGAAACUUUGACUUCCUUUAUGCAUGGGUUGAGGCUUAUAAGCCACAGCAUGUUAUCGAAGAAAUGGACAUGAUAAUCGCUUAUCCUACAACAAGUAAACAACUUACUACAGAGCUUGAGCUUGUACAGGAUCUGCUGAGAUUAGUGAAACCAACAUUAGAAUAUGCAAUAAUUUUGAAGCAAUCAAAUUGCCUAGCAACUGAUAUGCUUGGCCGGAUGCUGCAUUUUGCUGACACGCACACAUGCAUUAUAAAAUCACUGUUAGAGGGCGCUACAAGGUGGUGCCAGAAACAUGACAAGCAGUUGGUGUACGCAACACGUAGUUGUUAUCCAGCUCCUGGUGGUCCUCACCGAGCUACUCUAGUUGGACACAGAGGUAACAUACGUGACAUUGCUGCAAAUGCAGAAGGCACGUUAGCGGUGAGUGCAAGUGACGAUGGAACUGCUCGGUUGUGGGACCUGAUAGAUGGAGAACCAAUCUUGACAUUUACAGGUCAUAAUGGACCAGUGAAUUGUGUGGCUUUAUCUGCAAACUCAACCCGUGUUGUAACAGGCUCAGCUGAUAACACUCUAAGAGUCUGGGAUGUUGACUCUGGUGAUGAGGUACGGGUGAUUGAAGAGGAUCACUCAGCAUAUACUAAUCAUUCGCUACUUUGCAUAUCACAUGACUCAAGCAAGAUUAUCUCUGGAUCUACUGAGAUUAUAAUGGUUUAUGAAAUGAACUCAGGUCAAGAUAUACACCGACUGACAGGUCACACAUUACCUGUCUCAUGCAUAUGCAUAAGCAAUGAUGACCAGAUCCUAGUCAGUGGGUCGGAAGAUAAGAGCAUCAAGGUUUGGUCAGUUGUUACCGGUAAUCUUCUUGCAGACAGGAAGGAGUUCGAAGGAGAAGUAUCAAAGGUUGCCAUUACUGAUGACAGGCACAUUCUUGCGGGUGAUAAAUCUGGGGGAAUAAAAAUUUUCUCAACUUUGAAGAAUGAUAAUGGUCUAGAUGUCACCAGUAAACAUGCAAUACAGACACCUGACGAUGCUCGGGUGUUCUCACUCUGUGCCAGCAAUGAUGGCAAUUGGAUGGUGGUGGCAGCUGACAGAGCAGUGCUGGUGUAUAGCAUCAAUGAUGGUAGUUUAAAGCACACACUUACAGGGCAUGAUGAUGUGAUAGACUGCGUAGCUGUAACAUAUUCAGAUAAGUAUAUCGUGUCUGGGGCUCGUGAUAACAUUAUGAUCGUCUGGGACUUGUCAACAGGACAACUUAUUGAGAAUCUCGAAGGUCAGCAAGUGGAGGUUUCCAACUUGGUUCUGACUGGCGACAUAGUUAUAUCAACAUCCGUAGUAUCGCAGUACAUCAAACUGUGGAGUACCGAGGAGAAAUACAUUUCGCAUUAUAAUCUCUUCUUUCGGGAUCAAUCUGGUGUCAUAGCCAUUACAAGGGACAAGAAUUUUGUGUUGCAUUACUCAACUAACCCACCUGAAGUAGUAGUGUGGUGUUGCCAGAGGCGAGAACCUGUUCUCAGCCAGAAAUUGCAUAAUGCCAGAGUCACUAGCAUUGCAACUUGCCGUGACAAUAACACUGUACUUUCUGGUGACGUAGAGGGCGUGUUGCUUAUUUGGAACAUCAACACAACUGAUGUCAUUUCGAAGCAUGCAUUUAAGGAUAGCAUUCGACAUAUUAGUAUCCGACAAGAUGACCAAUAUGCAGCUGUUGCACAUGAAAAGAAAAUAUCAUUAUGGGAUAUCAAAACUAAUACCAUUGUGAAGACGUGGAGUCCGCAAUUAGAAGCACAAGAUAUCAUCGAGUGUGUACUUUUGACUAAUGAUAAUCAAGUGCUUUGCGGUAUGAACACGGGAUUGGUGUUGGUGUUUGGGAAGGAUGGCACAGAUGUACGGUCACUGUCUCAGUGCAAGUCAAAGGUCACAUGCUUGGCUCUUAGUCCCAAUGAAGAUGUCCUUGCUGUUGGGUCAGAGAAUACUUGUGUGCCUGUCUGGGACUGGAAGAAAGGGAUAUUGAUAAAAAUUAUUGAGGAAACAUUUAGCAUGGUAUCUAUGGCAUUCACAGAAGAUGGUCGUUACUUAGUAACCGGGUCAGCAGACAAGUUGAUACGAAUUUGGCAAUUAAGUGAUGGCUCUUUCUACCUCUCACACUACAUAUAUUCCGACUUGGUUACCAUGGCAGUUCAAGAUAAUGAGAUUAUUGGUGGGACAAGGUUCGGUCAGCCGAUUGUUCUCGCAAUUCACGAGAAACCCGCCAAUGUGUUAGAUGCUCUGCCAAGCUCAUCAAGCACAUAUGGAUUGGUUGAUUCCCAGAAUGCCAGUAGUGAUACACAGGCUGUUACAAAUGGUGAUCCACCAAUUGAUGUUACACCCUCUGAAGAAUCAAAUAUUUCACUAACUUUAACUGCUAAGGAAGAUGAAUUACAACGCAGCAGCAGUAGGGAGUCAUUUAAGUCCUGUAAUUCUACAUCAGACAAUAAAGCUGAAAAUACGCUACCAGUGACGCCAAAGAAAAGAAAAACAUCUUCAGUCUGCCAACUAAUUUAACAUUAAUAAAACUUGGCUAAAAGAAACAAGUGAUGCCAAAAGGAAAGGAAAACAUCUGAAGUCUGCCAACUACUUUAACAUCAUUAAGACUCGGCUAAAAAAAACAGUGACGUCAAAGAAAAGGAAAACAUCUGAAAUCUAUAAACUAAUUUAACAUCAAUAACACCCGGUUAAAAGAAAAUAGUGAUGCUAAAGAAAAGGAAAACGUCUGAAAUAUGCCAACUAAUUUAACAUCAAUAACACCCGACUAAA